AGAGUAACAUCAGUUUCUCAAUGUCUUUUGCCUUACCAUAGCAUUGACAUCCCUCUAGCGUCUUUGUCUAACAAGAAAAAUGGCCUCAGCUCUACCAAAUAUGAGUUUCUAUGCCCACACUUCAUCUAUUAGAAUGAACAAACUUUCCAAUGUAAAAUUGCUACCAUUGUCAAGCACAAUAAAUAGAACUUUCUGCAACAAUGUAAAGGCUACGGCAGGAGGUGAAGCAAGUCUGCAGAAGUCAAGGCAGCAGCAGCAAGUGCAGCCAAAGAUGAAGGUGCCACAAGCUUCACCUAAAGUGCUGUUAAACCAGUUUCCAGUAGCAAGGACUGUGCAGCAAAUGAUGGACACAAUGGAGAGAAUGGUGGAGGAUCCCUUAGUUUAUGGUAGCAUUUCACCUUGGAUAGUUCCAGGAGAUGAUGAAUACAGUAAGGGAAAGAUUCCUUGGGCAAUCAAGGAAGGGCAGGAAGAUUACAAAAUGAGAUUCAACAUGCCAGGAAUGAACAAGAAUGAUGUCAAGGUAUGGGUAGAAGAGAACAUGCUGGUGGUGAAGGCAGAGAAGGCAGCCGGCAAGCACUGUGAAGGUCAAGUGAGCGAAAAUGAAGACUGGCCUGCCAGUAGCUAUGGUAGAUACAACCACAGGAUAGCCCUCCCAGAAAAUAUUGAGUUUGAUAAAAUUAAGGCACAGGUCAAAGAUGGAAUUCUUUAUGUAGCAAUUCCCAAAGCAACCACCUCCACAAAAAAAAUUGACAUAGAUGUACAGUAACUCUUAAGAUCAUAAAAAAGGUUGAUUCACAGCCACAUUCAGUUUUUGUUAUCGAAUUUCAUAUGUAAGGGAUAAAAUGAGACCUUAUUCCCCCUA